GUGAUGACGCUAGGGCGUGCGCUCGGUGGCUCGUAGGGGAAGAUGGCGGCUGCUCCUUUGGAGGAGAGGGAUUGAGAGGGGUGGAAGGAAGAGGCCGGGCGGGAGAGACAUUCCCGACAGUGAAGACGAACCCUUCGCUCACCAUUCCUUAGGAGCUCUGCUCAGCGCUGGAGGUGUCCUAGAACGAAUACAUCACCAUGGCUACAGAAAUUGGUUCUCCUCCUCGUUUUUUCCAUAUGCCAAGGUUCCAACACCAAGCACCUCGACAACUAUUUUAUAAGCGACCUGAUUUUGCACAGCAGCAAGCAAUGCAGCAGCUUACCUUUGAUGGAAAACGGAUGAGAAAAGCAGUAAACCGAAAAACCAUAGACUAUAAUCCGUCUGUAAUUAAGUAUUUGGAGAAUAGAAUAUGGCAAAGAGACCAGAGAGAUAUGCGGGCAAUUCAGCCUGAUGCAGGUUAUUAUAAUGAUUUGGUCCCACCUAUAGGGAUGUUGAAUAAUCCUAUGAAUGCAGUAACAACAAAAUUUGUUCGAACAUCAACAAAUAAAGUAAAGUGUCCAGUAUUUGUUGUUAGGUGGACUCCAGAAGGAAGACGGUUGGUCACCGGAGCUUCUAGUGGAGAGUUCACCUUGUGGAAUGGACUCACCUUCAAUUUUGAAACAAUAUUACAGGCUCAUGAUAGCCCAGUGAGGGCCAUGACUUGGUCACAUAAUGACAUGUGGAUGUUGACAGCAGACCAUGGAGGAUAUGUGAAAUAUUGGCAGUCGAACAUGAACAACGUCAAGAUGUUCCAGGCACAUAAGGAGGCGAUUAGAGAGGCCAGUUUCUCACCCACGGAUAAUAAAUUUGCUACAUGCUCUGAUGACGGCACUGUUAGAAUCUGGGACUUUCUUCGUUGCCAUGAGGAAAGAAUUCUCCGAGAGAGCGACACAGCGAGAGAGGAAACACAAGCAGGAGGAGUGGGAGAGGGAGAAGCAGGCUUCCCGCGGAGCAGGGAGCCCAAUGCGGGGCUCGAUCCCAGGACCCUGGGAUCAUGACCUGAGCCGAAGGCAGACGCUUAACGACUGAGCCACCCAGGCGCCCGAGAAUUUGCUAGGCAUUUUUAAUUUGGUUUAUUCUAGCAGAGAAAUUAUUAUCGUUGUUAUUUUUAAAGAUUUUAUUUAUUCAUUUGAUUGAGACACAGAUACAAAGAGAGAGAGAGAGCAUGAGCAGAGGGAGAAGCAGGCUCCCUGCUGAGCCAGGAGCUAGAUGUGGGGCUCAAUCCCAGGACCCUGGGAUCAUGACCUGAGCCAAAGGCAGAUGCUUAACCAUCUGAGCCACUCAGGCACCCCUAGCAGAGAAAUUAUUAAAUCAGUUUUAUAAAGUACUUUCAGUCCUUGAACUGUUUUAAAUUUAGUGGGUUUUUUUGUUUUUUUUUAACAUUGUGGACUUCUUUUGAAGAUUUUAUUUAUUUGAGAUCGCGAGCGCGCGAUGGGGGCAGGAACAGAGGGGGAAGGAGAGGGACAAGCAGACUCUGUGUGGAACGUGGAGCCCCGUGCGGGGCUUGAUCCCAGGACCCUGAGAUCCUGACCUGAGCCAAAACCACCAAGAGUCAUCAGUUGCCUAACCCAACUGAGUGACUCAGGCGCCCUAUGGACUUUUUUUUUUUUUUUUUUUUAAUAAAAGAUAUCGGGCUUGUGAGUUGGGGGGUGGGGAGAGGCAGAGGAGAGAAAGAAUCUUAAGCAGGCUCCACACCCAGUGCAGAGCCCCUCCAUCUCAUGACCCUGAGAUCAUGACCUGAAACUGAAAUCAAGUCAGAUGCUUAACCGACUGAGCGCCCCCCCCCCAGGUGCCCCUGGAUUUUUUUUUUUUUUUUUUAAGCUUUUGUUUACGAGAGAGGGAGCAUGACCUGGGGGUGGCAGGGAGAGGGAGAAGCAGAGACUCCCUACUGAGCAGGGAGCCUGACUUGGGGCUUGAUCCCAGGAGCCCGGGAUCAUGACCUGAGGUGAAGGCAGACUGUCAGCCUACUGAACCAUCCAGGUGCCCCACCCCUGGACCUUUGUUUAAGGGAUGAAAAAGCAACUGCUGUCCUCCCAUAAUGAGGAAGUAAGAUGAUGACACAGUUCUGAUUUAGGAACUAGAUAUUAGAUAUUAAGGCUUAUGAGAUGGAAGGUAUUUGAAAGAGGAAAGUUUCAGAGCGCCUGGGUGGCUCAGUUGGUUAAGCGACUGCCUUUGGCUCAGGUCAUGAUCCUGGAGUCCCGGGAUCGAGUCCCACAUCGGGCUCCCUGCUUGGCAGGGAGUCUGCUUCUCCCUCUGACCCUCCUCCCUCUCAUGCUCUCUGUCUCUCAUUCUCUCUCUCUCUCAAAUAAAUAAAUAAAAAAUCUUUAAAAAAAAAAAAAGAAAGUUUCAGUCCUGGAGGAGGCACACCAUGGACUGUGAUCAUCAUAAAGGAUAAAACUUGGCACUGUUAAGUUUACACUGUAAAGAGAGAGUAGUCAACAUUUUGGUGUUUUUUAUUAUUGUUGUAGAAUCACAUUUGAAUUAAAUGUGCUAAAAUUUCCUGGACCAUAAAGCUCCUCUUCUAAAAAAUAAUUGUAGAAGAGAUUUACAGAGGAGGUUGGAGUUAAUAGAAAGGUCAUCCUUCUUUUUUUUUUUUUUUUAAGAUUUUAUUUAUUUGCGAGAGAGAGAAUGAGAGACAGAGAGCAUGAGAGGGAGGAGGGUCAGAGGGAGAAGCAGACUCCCUGCUGAGCAGGGAGCCUGAUGUGGGACUCGAUCCCGGGACUCCAGGAUCAUGACCCGAGCCGAAGGCAGUCGCCCAACCAACUGAGCCACCUAGGCGCCCAGAAAGGUCAUCCUUCUUAAUUGGAUUACUUCUAAUACCCAAAUACAAAUACAGGUGAAAGGAUAUAUACCUACUAUAAAAUGUAACUUAGAUAUCUAAAACUAAUGAUGUAAUGUAUGGGGAUUAACAUAAGAAUAAAAAAUAUAUAUAUAUAAAAUGUAACUUAGAAUAUUUAGUCCAUUGUUCUCUGAAAGAUCAAGUACCUCUUUAACCACAUGGAUUCAAGGAGACCACAAACUUCCUUUUCCUACUGUAAGUUACACAGGUAUUACUUGGCAUAAUACGUAUUAUCUUUGAAUAGGCUUUUACAUAAUUUUUUAAAAAACUGGUUCUCAUUAUUAUAUUGAAGUCAUAGUUUUGAACUGCAUGAUGGCAUCCCAAGAUGAGUUUAAAUCAUUGCUCCUUCUACUUGUUGAGUAACAAGGUUUUCAUGAUCCAUAAAAAUUAAGUGGUAAUCCCUAUCUAACAGAUCAGGUUGUAAUAUAUAUAACACUUUAAGUGCUACACAGAUAGAGGGCAGUGGUGAUGAAAAUACUUUCUCUCAAGCAGAACUCCCACACAGUGCAGGUUUUAAGAAAUUAAGUACCUUUGAAGACAGUGACUUUUAUUUGACGCUCUAAACUUAACAUCUUCCAGAUCCAGGAAGGACACAAUAGGUACUUGGGGAAGUGGCAUAUAUACCCCAUGUCCCCACCCCCAGCCAUGAAAAUCUUUCAGUUUUAUCGGAAAGGUAGGUAAUAGGUGCUUUAUUUUCAUAGGUUUUUGAAAAGCUGAUUAUACAGUUGACAGUUAAAAAGGUGUUUUCUGUCUCAUCUUUAGGGAUGGGUUUUAAAAAAAUUAUUAUUCCCCUCAAGUUCUUCAAGACUUCUAAUUUUUAACUCCUUUGUUAAACCUAGAGUUAUGAAUAGCUUAGCUUUAAAAUACUGGUUUUGGGUUUUUUUUUUUUUUACAAAAUGCUCAUACUGGUGUCUAUAGUAGAUUUAUUUUGUGUUGUAAAAACUUGUUUGUUCUAAGUUGGCAUUCUUGGUUUUUAUACCUUUGAUGUGAUUCAUACUUAAAAAUAACGUUCAGCUGCAAAGUGGGAGAUUUUGCAUUCUUAAAAAAGUCUUCAGUGAAAGAAUAUAUACUAAAAUCUUGCUUUCUUCUCACAGCUAGCCUGUUAUCCAGAUUUUUCAAUAAUUAUGGUGAACACUAUUUAAAGAAAAAGUUACCCUCUUCCACCUUUUCCUUAUAGCUUUGUCUUUAUUGGGUAUUUUCCUGGAGUCCUUGUUUUAAAAUACUUCUGCAUCUGGGUAUAGCCCAUAUACUUGAGCAUGCUUCCCAUUGAAAUGACUCUUGGUGAACUCCUGCUCAUUCUCCUAAUUAACAUUGCUUAGAUGGGCUUUUCCUGUAUGCCUUAACAAUUUUCAAUGUGAUUGUCAUUAAUGCUUUUUAUUUUAUCUGAACUUCUCAACACAUUUUAGCAUGGUCUUGACAUUAAAAGCAAAAUGGAAGAAGUCUUGUACCAAAGUUAUCCAAAGCUACCCUCUCUGUGAAUUGUGAGAUGUGUAUUAGUAAGCCAUAUUUUAAAGUCAUUUUGUAACCCUAGAGCGUGUAGUCUAUUUUCAUUCCACCAUUAGUAUUUACAAAUGUCAGUACCUUUCAUUCAGAGACCACCAGGAACACACUUGUAAUUGAACCAAUUGGACUUAUCACUCUCUGCAGCCAAGAAUACAGACCAUGGAGAACUGUGGGGUGUCUCAAUAAGAGGGUGUUCCAAAGAUUAUAUUAUAGGAUUUGGGCUUUGGAAAUGUCGGGGAGGGUUCAAGGAAGUGAGGGCUGUCACUCAUUUAACAUAAGAGAGAUGUUUGGUAUUUUGUGCGUUAUAUAGUGACCUUGUUUUUGUUUGACUUCAUCUAGUCUCAGACAGAGUUGUCUAGUGGGAUCAGAACAAAAUGGUUUAACUGUAAAUGUCAGAUCAGUCUGUAAUAACAUUGAGACUUAACUGUGAGUAUCAGAUUAGUUCGCAGCGGUCAGGGACUGCUCCUUUUUUUUUUUUUAUUUUCUUAAAAGCAUUUAAAUCCAAACUGGGAACCAGUUGGGCGGGGGGUGGGGAGGUGGGGGCUGGUGUUAGGUCAGGAUUCAAUAGCAAGACAUUGGGCAUGUCACUGAACAAGCUGCAGUGAUACCAAUGGUUACGUUUUUACAAAACAGCAGUUGGGAAGCAUAUCCUGCAUACCAGUUUCAGCUGGCUAGAAUUGGUUAGUGGGUAAAAUAUGAACAUAUUCUUUUUAAUAAAAGAAAUAAGAUGUAUGAGUUUCUGCAUUAGUCUCUCUGGGGGAUCUUAGGGUUUAUCCCACUAAAUUUAGUGUCCAGGGAUUGGUUUGUAGUGCUUCAGGAGUUGUUUCUUUCCAUCUGGGGAGAGUCAACUAUUCAUUUUUUAUAUUGUCUAUGUUAAUACAAAGCAGUAAAUACCAAAGGGAUUUUAAAGGUUUUAAGACUUAAGAACUCUAUCAAAUACUUUACAAUUGAAUAUUAUAAUAAUUGUAACAAUUUCUUAUGAAUUGUCAAAUUGACUUAAGGCAAACAAUGGACCAUGUUUUCACAGCUUUACUGUCCAUUUUUGUCAUGUUCAUCAAAGAACAUUAAGGGGAAAUUUAUAUUAAUUCAUUUAUUCAAACAGUUGCUGUUUACUAGGUGCCAGGGCCUGGGUAUGGUGGAAGGGGUCAAAUAGCCAUUCCUGUCUUCAUGAACAGUACUACACUGAUUGCUGAUUUUUGUUUUAAAAGCAACACUUUUUUUCAUUUCAUAUAUAUUCUAGAAUAAGCACUGCAUUAUUGUAUUAAUGGUACACAGAAGACUAUCCCUAUGAUUAAUAAGGUAGUUUUACAGUUUUUGUAACUUUAAAAGUGGUAGCUUUUUUUUUUUUUUUUAAAGAUUUUUUUUAUUUAUUUGACAGACACAGUGAGAGAGGGAACACAAGCAGGGGGAGUGGGAGAGGGAGAAGCAGGCUUCCCGCAGAGCGGGGAGCCCGAUAUGGGGCUCGAUCCCAGGACCCUGGGAUCAUGACCUGAGCCGAAGGCAGAUGCUUAACAACUGAGCCACCCAGGCGCCCCCAAAGUGGUAGCUUUUUAAAAUCAGAUAUUUAUGGAGCAUCUGCUCAGACAAGUCCAGAGAUGCCUCUAAAUGUGGAGGUCUUCAGAACAAAAUUUGUAUUCUAGUAAACUGCAAGAUAGGCUGCUUUUGUAUCUUCAUUUUGAAUAAUAAGUUGAGGGUAUUCUCCUUAAUAUUGAAUCUUUAUCAUUUGGUAAAAACUGAGUAAGUUUUAGAACUAGAAAAGCUGUAUUUGUAGUUAAGACUUAACCAUGAGUACUUAUUAGAAUUCUAGAGCACAUUUGGUUAGAGUCACAGAUGAGAGAAUGCAAAAUGUUUAGUUCCGUUAGACAAAAUACAUUAUAGGCAAACCAGUCUUCUCUAUGUGAUACUCCUAGAUCUGCGUUGGUCUGUGGUAUUUUCCUACUGAAAUAAAAAAAGAACAUAAUCAUAUCUGGUCUUUGAAAUCUUCAUAGCUAUAUGAUAGCUUUGAAUGUUUAUGAGAUACUGAAAAACCUUUAAGGAAGGAUUUAGAUUGCAAAACUUUUUACAUCAUGGUGCUUUUGGUAGAGCAGUAGUAGCAUUAGAGUGUGGUUGAUUCGGACACAACUAAAAGUGGUAACAUUUCAAAAUAAGGUUUUUCUCCUGUAGACCAUUCCACAGAGAAAUGUGUACAUUUUAAGUUUUAAACACACUAUAUUGGACUGUCAUUUAGGUCUUAUUUACCAAGUAUAGUACAUAUUUUUGCAUAGGAAAAGGGAUUCUAGAGUUCCCACAGAUUUCAAGAUAAGUAGGGAACUUACCACAUAACCAUUUUUAUCAGUGUCUAAAUUAUAUGUAGAUGCCAGGACAUGUCUUCAUAUAAUUUAGGCAUGUAGGUUUGUGGUACAUUCUCUUGGUUAAAGUUUCCUAGAUAAGGUUUUGUGUUUUGAAAGUAAAUCUGUCUGUGUAGCCUCCUGCUUUCAUGAUCCCCACAGAAUUCACUCUGAUAUUAUUUAUAAUAACCAGUAGAUUUGCAUUUAUAUCUGCUUUAUAAGUAUCCAUUUACCAGGAAGAUUGAUGUAGAUUAGUACCAGCUUACUCUGUCUUUUCAUAAUUAAUGAUGACUGCAAGUCUAUUUGCAGUAUGCCAUUUUUUCCCUAUAAAAUGGGAGGGGUAAAUUUUAUUUUGUGUAUUGUUACCUUCAAAAUUUAAUGAUAGGAGAACAUAGUGUAAUUGAUGUUUACAGUGGUAAGUGACAAGGAAGAAGAAACUUUUACUGAAGCUCUUCUCCAGCUGCUCCAAAAUUCUAGGUACAGUCACAGUUUUUACUUGGGGCAGUCAUAACUCAUCUGAGAGUCAGCAGUUCUGGCUUUGAGUCCCAGCUCUGCCACUGGGCAAGUCAGUCUCUGAGUUUGUGUUUCUCCCUCUGUCAAGUGGGGCUAAUGAUACCUACCUCACAGGGUUGUUGUGAGGGUCCCAGAAGAAGUACACAGAAGACGCCACUGCUCACGUGGCAGGCAUGAAGUAAAUGUGUGUUGCUUAAGUUGCAUAUAUGCAAGGAAAGCUGGCAUAAAGAAAGUGACAUAUUGAAGUGAAUUUGACUUAAAAGGAGUUUGGAACUGAUUAGGAAAGGCAUUAUAAAGGGUUUAAGAGGAGAUGACUAGAUCAAGAGUUGGGAUGGGAUAUUAUACAUGGUCAUUCUAUUUUCAGUAAAGGUGCUUAGGAUUAGACGUGUCACUGAUAAAAUUAAUUGUAUUGUAAGCACAUUUAAAUAAAUAACAUUGAAAUGGAACUAUGACUUAUUUUUUAAAGCUUUAUUUGUACAAGUCCUUAUACUUUACUUCCACUGUCAUCUCAGAACCACCGUAUUCCCUUAAGGCAACACUUCACUUCCACCAUUCCUCUUGCACUGUUCCCCAAAUUCUGUUCUUUCCUUUGUUCGUUGCUUGCUCGUUUGCUUUUUAAAUCAAGAUAACAAUCUGAGUCUUCCUGAGAACCACUAGCUGUUUAUUGAGUUCUAGUUAGGUCAAUUGAUACUUAAUGAGCAUAAGAUAUACUGAGUUGUUCUGUAGAUUAAUAGCAGAAUAUUCUUUUCAUUGCUGCUUUUUACUAGGUUUACAGUAUCCUGAAAAAAUAUAAAGGCCAAAAAAAGAUACAUUUUUGUGGUGUGAGUUGUUUAUUUGGGCAUUUUUAAUAGACAUUUUAAAUUUAGAUCAGAAUCCAAUAUUCCAUUGUUAGAGAUAUUUGUAUAACUAGCACUGUGGUUGCAUUUUAAGUCCUCAUUUAUUCUAUUCUUCAGUCUUUUUCUCCUUUUAUUGUUGCCUUCUCUAAAAAUGAGUAGUGAAAGAAAAAUCAUUCUUCAAGCACAGUUAAGGUUGCAAAGCCUUUACUCUGCCACAUGACUGAGUUUUUAUUCGGUGUGAUGGCUGAAGAUGGGAAUUAAAGAACAGAAACUGUGAACUUCAUGGUCCCAUACACCCCAACAUCACACUACUCCCACCGAGCACAGACAGGCAGUGUUGGCUGCAGAUACUUGGCUAACCAGCGUUCUCUCUGUGGGAAACAUUGAUGACACAAUUCAAUGACUAUGUGCGGUUGACUGGCAAAGAACUGUGUAAACUGUGGUCAUACAUAUGCGCACAUGUGUUCUUCAGAAUACAACCAUGAGACUGAAGCCCACUAUCAGUGUGUUCCCACUAGUUAAAAUGGAUUUACUUUGUUCUUUCCACAUCUCGUCCUGUCCCCAGGAAGAUGACAGAUGAUAAAAAAACAAAAGCAGAUUGACCGCAUAACAGUUAAUUGACCUAUGUGGGGUUAUCACUUGCAACCUUGGCUUUAUUAGCAAUGCCAUUCUGUAACCAACCAAGCUGAAGACUAAAUGCAACAUUAAGAUGCAUUUUUUUUUUCAUCAGUCAUGUAUGGCAACAAGUAUAUUCUGUGUAUCACAUGGAAGUAAGAUUUGGAGAGUACUGUAAGGUCUGGAUUCACACAUUCCCACCAUGUUCCAUAUGGAAGGCUGAGAUCUGUGGUGCAACAGUGUUGGGGGAAUGGAGGGGUGGAAAGGUAAGGAAAGAACUGGGUGGGAUUAAUGUGGAAGUUAUCUUCUUGAGAAUUUUCUGCCUUUACAAAGGUAAUUAAUAAACAUUCAUAAAAAGUCACACAAAUAGAAGUAAAAAGUCAGUGAUUCUCUACCCUUUUCCAAUCUCACAUCCAGACAUGUUCAUCACUAUUCUGUUAAUAGUUGGUGUGUAUGUUUCCACAAUUCUUACACAAAUACAAGAAGAUAUUAAAAAAAAAAAACUACAUGAAAUGGGAUUAUACCACAUACAUAUAUUCUUUGCUGUUUGCUUUUGUCACAAUAUAUCAUGGCCAUCUUUCGUAUCAUUACUACCCCAGUCUUAUUUUGGUAACUAUAACCUUCCAUAGCAUGUAUCUACCAUAACUUAUUUAACCAUUCUCAUUGACAGAUGUUUAGGAUUUCCAAGGUUUUUACUACGAGUUGCAUACUAAGCUUCCUAUACCUUUAUAUUUGCUGCCAUUCACGUAAAUUUGCCUUUAGGAUAGACAGCUAUAAACCUGAGUAUGAACCUGCAAGCUUUUGGGAGAUCCUGGAGUCAUUAAUGAUAAAGCUUAAGGAUGUUGUGGUCUAGCCAAAAACUAAAGAUAACAUAGGAUUUUUCCACCAUUUAAGAAUAUAAUCUUAAUUUUAGUAGUUUUUAAUUAUUAUUUAUUUAAUUAUUUUUAAAGUUACUUAAUUUUUAAUAAUCUCACAUGGUAAAUUCUUUUCUCCAACAUCCUAGCCGGACAGUUUGGAAUGUGAAAAUCUCCCAAUCCUUUACCACUCCCCAGAGAUAAAGUUUUUAAACUAAUUUGUUUUUAUUCCUGUGGUUACCAUCAGAAUUUAAAAUAAUAUAUUUCUUGGUAUAUUUGUCUGACAUGGUGUUUCUUUACUUCCUGUCAUGAAAGAUGAGUUUUGUGUACUUACACCACCAACUGUGCCUUCUGCCUCCUGGGUGUUCUUGUUACGAAUUGUGGUUGUUUUGAUCAUUUCCUAUAGCUUUUAAUGUUCUCAGUUCUUUAGUUUUUUGGGCCACCAACUUGAGGCAGCCUCCCUUGACUCACCAUUAUGGUAAUGAGGAAGUCCAUGGCCCUCAGUGUCUUUCUACUUCUUUCUCCUCUCCCUUUACUGUUAGACAUUGUCAAGAAUUUUAAUUUGCUUUUGUUUUCCUUGCAGUGUCUAAUUACUUCCUCUUUUAUUGUAAUGUCACUGAAAGCUUUUAUCAUGGCAUUAAAAAAGCAUUUAAUUUUGCAAUUAUAGUACAUGGAUUUUUUUUUUUUUUUUAAUUUUUAAAGACAUUCUUUAGCGGGUUCUCUGACUUCCUGCUCUGCUUCGCACUGUCUUCUGUGCCAGUGAUGGCAGUCAUACUGGACAUUAAAAAAAAUUUGUUUUUCAGAAACAGUGCUUGGAAGUAAAUUUCAAAAUUCUUACGUCUGGAGAGGUCUAUAAUUUGCCAUCAUACUUGACUGUUAGUUUGUUUGGGUUGUGAAUUCUUGGUUCUAAAUCCUUUUACCUCAAAAUUGUGAAGGCCUCCAUUAUCUAUUAAUAUCAGAUGCUAUUCUGAUUCUCAUUAUUUUGUAUAUAACCCGGCUUUCCUCUCUGAAUGUUUUUGAAAUGAUCUUUCUCUCUCCUCUCUGUGAACUUCUGUUUUUACUGUACCCACACUGAGGUGUAUUUUAAACAUCCAUCUUAUCCAGCUCGCUUUAAUCUGUAAUUCCAAAUCUUUAUUUCAUUCAAAGGGUUUUUCUUCUUUCUUUGAUUAUCAUUUUCUAUUGUCUCUGUCUUAGGGAACUCAAUGUAUUAAUGUUGGGACUCUUGGAGCUAUCUGCCUUGUAUUACGGUUUCUUUCAUAUUUUCUGUUUCUUUCCUUUCCUCUUAAGAUUUGGAAGAUUUCUGUUUUCCAGAAUGCUAUCUUCAGUCAUGCUUAGUCUGUUAUCUAGCCUUCUAAUGAAAUUUUAUUUAUUUAGUGUUUAAUUUUCAAGAUCUCCUAGUGGUUCUCUGGUAUUUACAUUUUUCAUAGUGACCUGUUUUGUUGUUUGUUUCAGAUGAAUAUACCCUUUCAAACUUCCAGUGUAGUAAUUAGUCAAGGUAUUUGUGUGUUUCGUUUGGUUUGGUCUUGUCCGAUUUGUUUUCCCUUAAUCUUUUUCCUGGUCUUUCUCUUCCUGCUCGACUUUUCUCAAAUGUCUAGUGAUCCCUGGUUGGUUAAAUUUGUAUGAAGAUUUGUAUUGGUUAGCAUAAGUAGCUGUCUUUCCUUUCUUUUACAGUUGAGUAAGCUCACUUACCCAAAAGGCUCCUCCCCUGGAUAGUAGCCCUCACCAUGGACUCUGUGUGUGUGUGUGUGUGUGUGUGUGUUUAGUGAGCUGGGUGAGGAGUAAGUGGCAACUGCCACAAGCCACAGUUAAAUGGAUUGUAUUGUGAGGUGGAAUGCUUGGUUUAUUACUUCACUCUCUGAUGGGAUGCCUUUCUUUCUCUCUCUCCCUUCCUCAUCCUCCUCUCUCCUGUCUUUUCUCUUCCCUUCCCUUCUCUUCUCUUCUCUUCCUCUUCCUCUUCCUCUUCCCUUCUGUCCUUCCUUCAGGUCAUAGUGUAGUAUUGCCCACAAGCUUUGUGCUGCUUUCUUCUCCAGUCUUAAAACCUAUUCUUGGGUUUCUUCCUUACUUUUGCUUUGUUUAGAAAGCACUUGCCUGGCUUUAGCUGAGGGUAGCUGUUCUAUAUAAAUGAGAAGUCAGCAGGGGCCUGGACAAGUUGCUUUAUGGAGGGUUCUGUAAUUACCCUCAUUACAACAUCACAGCGUUUGUCACUGAGCUGUCAUGGAGCUUAGAGCUCCCCACCACCCAAGUUUAUCUGUUGUGGGGUUUGAACCCACGACCCUGAGAUCAAGAGCAUGCUUUUCUGACUGAGCCAACCAGGUGUUCCUGUCUUUUUAAGGCCCCUAACAGCCUCCUGUGUGUUUUGGGUUUUAUUUUUUUCCACUCUGGUUUAUUCAUCAGUAAUAAGCCCAUUUAUUUUUGGAGAAUGCUUACAUUUGGGUUGAAUAUUUUUUGAAAUUUUAAUAAAAUUAGUGGGCAGUAUCAGUCUUGGGAAAUAAGCACAUCCACUGUAAACCUUUGAAAGUAAUUUAGGAAGGGGCUUGCAUACAUUGUUUCAUUUAGUACUAAAAUCAUGAUUUAUUCCAAGACAUAAUUUCUUUCUCACAUUAAUGACCUUGAAACAGUUUCUGUUACUUCCCUCCUGGUAUUCUUCCUACUUACAUCAUUUCUCCAUUUCUUAAGAAAUGGUAUGUAUUUAAGUUUUUAAUCAUGUAUUUGAAGCUUAAGAAAAUCCAUGGCAAUGGGUGAUUUAGAGGUAAGUGGUAAUUAAAGUCACUGAAAGACACUUGAGUUAAACCUAGUAUUUUUCCUGUAGGUUUCUUUCUCCUUAGAAAGGAGUUAAUAUUCUUUAAAAAUAGAAAAAAUAUAGAGAGAAUCAUCAAACAUUUAUUCCAUAAAUAUAAAAGUAAUUCUCUGUGUUGGAGACUGCAUUUUAGUCUAGUGGAAUCAAUAGUUACCUCAAAAAUAUUACCCAUCUUUCUUAGUUACUUAAAACAUAGACAAAGUAGUAAAGGCAAUGGUGACCCCCACUUUAGAUUUUCCAGUUCUGAGAGAGAAAUAGCAUUAGGUCAAGUCUAAUACUUGGGUUGGAUGUUGGUAAUUAGAGCUCAGUGUUCUUUUCUCAGAGGUCAUUUGAAAACUGAAAUUUAGCACAGUCCUAAGAAGUAUUACUUUGUGGGAGUAUUUUUAAAUCGAGCCAUUUCCUGCUUUCCUAUGCUCUGGUCAUAGUAGGAACAGCUCUUGCUGGAUAACUAUGGAAAUAUCUGUUCCCAUGGUGAAAUUUUUCAAGGCAGAGAUUGGAUCAAAAUAAGAGCUUUUAUUUAUUGUCUGUUCAAAAUGGGUGCCACUCAUGAUGCUGAGUUAUUUACAUAUCUCAUUUAAUUUCUGAAACAACCUGUUAAUUGAGUAAUCUUCAUAUUACAUUUGAAAAUGUUAAGGCGUAGCAAGGGUUAAAUAAAUUACAUAAGCCCAUAACUGGUGAGUGACAUCUGACGUUUAAAUAGGUCAGGUUUACUCCCAGUUUUUUACUGUCAGCCGUUGUAUAGCAUAUGAGCACUAAACACAUACCAGUAUGAAUUAAAAAGUAUAUUGAACAUAUCCUUUCUUUGAUUUCCAAUAAUACUCUUUUGACACUGUACCUGUGCUCCUAUUGGACAAAGCUAAUUUAAUCUCUUGGUUUUUUCUUCCUACAAGAGGGAAGUAUAGUAGAUUGUAUGUGGAAAUGAGAAUAUUUGUGAUUCAGUCUUGAUGCUGCUCGAGAGGAGGGCAGAAUUAAACAUUGAUUUCUUUUCCCUAAGAAUACAGCUUUGGUUUUUAAUACAAUGUGCAUAGAUGCAUUUUUUGCUCUCUUGGCUUUUCGUCAUUCAUUCAUUCAAUAAAGUACAAGAAGAUGGCAGAUUUUAAUCACCUUCACAAGGAAAUGUUGGUAUUCUUUAUAAUAUGUCAAGUUUAACUUAAAGUGGCCUGGAUUUUCACAUUUCCUAGUAAGUAUUACUUGGUUUCCACAUUUCUAGAAUGGUAGUUUUUUUUUUUUUUCCUUAGAUCUAUGGGAAAAUUUUUAAAAAAUUGUGUGUCUUCAUUUCAUGCUUACAUUUAUAAUGUAUCAUUGGCUGGGUAGUGAAUUGUAGAUUCAGUUUCCCCCCACUUUAACACUGUCAAGAUCUUGUUCCAGUCUUCUUGGAGCCAGUGUUUUGAUGAGAAAUUUUAUGGUAGUUUGUAGAACGUCAUCCAAUUGGGAUUUAUCUGAUGCGUUUCUCAUGAUUGGUUUUGGUUUUAUGGGAUUUGGGGAAGAAGAUCACAGAGAUAAAGUGCCAUUUUCAUCACAUCACAGCAAGGAUGUAUACUAUCAACAUGAUCUGAUGUUGACCUUGAUCACGAGGUUGAGGCAGUGUUGGAGUUCUCCGGUGUAAGACUACUCUUUACCCCCCUUUCCAUACUGUACUCUUUGUUUUUUUUUUAAGAUUUUAUUUAUUUAUUUGACAGAGAGACAGUGAGAGAGGGAACACAAGCAGGGGGAGUGGGAGAGGGAGAAGCAGGCCUCCCACCGAGCAGGGAGCCCGAUGUGGGGCCCAAUCCCAGCACCCUGGGAUCAUGACCCGAGCCGAAGGCAGACGCUUAACGACUAAGCCACCCAGGCGCUCCCCAUACUGUACUCUUUGGAAGGAAGUCAUGAAGCACAGCCCACACUUAAGGGGUGGGGAAUUAUGCUCCACAUCCUCGAGGGUGGAGUAACUACAUAACUUAUUUAGAAUUUUCGUGCACGAGAGACUCCACUCUUUUCCUCCCUCUUAUUUAUUUUUAUUCAAUUAUUUAUAUCAUUGUGGACUAAUGGGUAUUUAUUUAUUGUUUUUACUAUGAUGGAAGCUAAGUAAUAUAGCCAGCUCCCAGUUACCUUAUUUCUGCUUUGGAACAGAAAAGGAAAUAAUUGUCAAGAUCCAAAUGGAGUAUAAUGCCAUCUCAGAUUACUUAUUUAUAGAAAAAGUUCUUAGUAAUAGCUUGAAAUUACAGUCUUCUGGGAAUCAUGUGAUAGACCCUGCCUCUAGCAGUUAUUUAGGGGUUCAUGUAACCUUCUUGUUCUGAUACAGAUAACUUUCUUUAACUUUACCACUGUUACCUUCCUUAGUAGUAGAUGAAUAGGAUUAUAUAGGGAGCCACAUUUCCCAAAAAUGUGCAAAUAUACCCAAGUACAUUCUGGCAAAACUCAGAUUGAAAGUACAGUUGUGCAUGGCUAUGAUUACCACAGGGGUUAAUUAAUUACUUCUAGUUUGGCCAGGAUUCUGUGUUGCUUUUAUGUAUCUAAACCUCCAACUUUAUUAUUAUUAUUAUUAUUUUUAAAGAUUUUAUUUAUUUAUUUGAGACAGAGAGAAUGAGAGAGAGAGAGCACAUGAGAGGGGGGAGGGUCAGAGGGAGAAGCAGGCUCCCCGCCGAGCAGGGAGCCCGAUGCGGGACUCGAUCCAGGGACUCCAGGAUCAUGACCUGAGCUGAAGGCAGUUACUUAACCAACUGAGCCACCCAGGCGCCCCCUCCAACUUUAUUAUUAUUAUUUUUUAAAAGAUUUUUAUUUAUUUGACGGAGAGAGACACAGCGAGAGAGGGAACACAAGCAGGGGGAGUGGGAGAGGGAGAAGCAGGCUUCCUGCGGAGCAGGGAGCCCAAUGCGGGGCUCGAUCCCAGGACCCUGGGAUCAUGACCUGAACCGAAGGCAGACACUUAACGACUGAGCCACCCAGGUGCCCCUAAACCUCCAACUUUAAAACACAGUGUCCUUAAUCUGGCCAUCUGAGGGUGAUGAAUCAGUUUACUGUUUUAAUAUAUUUUUUGGAAGGAAGGCUUUCCCUAGAAGUGCCCUAAAGUACCAUUUAAAAUUUCUUGUUUUCCUUUUUGAUACUGCUUUUUCUUCUUUAUUAGGGCUUUCAGUCAUGGCUUCUUUUCAUUCUUGGCCAGGGAAUCUGCUGGCACUAAUGACUUUGUUGUUAAUGUAGCAUAGGUACUGCUCCUUUUGGUAGUCUUGGUAUUGCCAGACCUUCCCAUCAUUCUUUUAAAGGUUGUUUUUUGUUUUUUACAGUUUCUAAUUUUUCAAGUGAUGACUAUAUGCUUCUUUUCUUGACUCUUUAAGACUAUUAUACCAUCUGUGUAUUACUAUUGAAUUAUGAAUGUGUGCAGAAAUGUUUGCUAGAGAACCUUGACUGACUGAUUACACACACACACACACACACCAGUGCACAGUUUUGUAUAAAGGACUUUGUAGCUGGUUUCUGCCCUGUGAGUGGGAAACCAGGUAUCUCCCACCUCAGCCUAAUGGCUGAUGUGCUUUGUGAUACUGGUUGUUAAUAUUUGGGACAGUACAAUAACAAUGAGAUUGAAAGACUGUUCGGUUGUUGCAUUCCUUCCCUUUAAGCUUCUUUGAUGAAUAUUCUCCAAACUAGGUUUUUUUGGGGAUCCUUUUAAUUAAAAACAAACAAAAAGGGCCAAUAAAGGGGAAUUUGCUGUUGGGCAGGAAACAUGCUGCAGAGCUACUUUCUGGUUAUUAUAACAGAAGAAUAUAGAGGAUCAACACUCAUACAAUUUGAGGCAGUGAUUUGGGAAACAAAUGUAGAUUUUCCUGUUAUAUCAAUCAUCUCCUGAUUGUUUUUCUCCCUUUCAUAGUUCUCAAGAUUUUUCUAAAUACAAUCUUUAAAAUCGACUCAAAUGGAGAUUGUGCUUUUCUCUGUUACAUCCUUACUCCACAUUAUUGUAUAAGUUUAAUAGCAGUCUGACACGUAAGUUUCAGUAAAACUUAUGCCUGUAUAUGUUUUUAUUGGACUCAGAAAUUAUUUAUAUGUCAUAUAUUCAUAAAAAUUUUCACUUUGAUGCCAGAAGUAGUUACAUGGCCUUAAUCUUAUGAGAUGUAUGCUUAAUUUCAGUUUUUAAAAAAGAUUUAUUUAGAGAGCAGGGGGAGGGGAGGGGCAGAGGGAGAGGGGAGAGAGAAUCCCAAGCAGACUCCACCCUGGGCACAGAGCCCCAAGUGGGGCUAGAUCGCAGGACCCUGAGAUCACGACCUGAGCCAAAACCAAGAGUUAGAUGCUUAAGUGACCCUGGCGCCCCUUAAUUUCAGUUUUUAACCUACUUGAUAACUUCUAGGUCAGCCUUUGUCAGUCUUCCAUGUAAAUACAUGGUACAGAUAAAUAGAAACCAUUUACUUGCAUAUGCAAAUUACAUGUGUGACUUAAGUAGGAGAUUGGCAAAUUUAUUAUAUAUCUACCUCCUUGUUUCUUUUCUUUUUUUUUUUUUUUUAAGAUUUUAUUUAUUUAUUUGACAGAGACAGAGACAGCGAGAGCAGGAACACAAGCAGGGGGAGUGGGAGAGGGAGAAGCAGGCUUCCUGCUGAGCCGGGAGCCCAAUGUGGGACUCGAUCCCAGGACCCUGGGAUCAUGACCUGAGCCGAAGGCAGUCGCUUAACCAACUGAGCCACCCAGGCGCCCCUACCUCCUUGUUUCAUUUGAGUUUUUAUGUUUGUAUACUAGAUACUCUUCUGACACCAUACAUUUCACAACUUUUUAUAACCUGAUUAACACUUUUGUGUUACCAUUCAGCGUGUCAAAUCCUUACAUUUUGCCAUGCUUAUUUCUGAAUUUUUUAGAAGAACACAUUACAGAUAUGGUUAAAAGUCCCUUUAUGUGCCCCUCCUCAGUGCCCUUCCUCUUUUUCCCUAGAGGUGUCCACUCUCCAGGAUUAGGUUCUUCAUUGCCAGAUGACAAAAUAAGCUAGCAUUUCAAAAUUUCCCAGAUUCAUCUUCUGAGGGACUUGGAAGUGCUUUGAGGAAAAAAGACUGAUGCUCACAUUCUCACCUGCAGAUUUGUAAUCUAUAUUGAAAGCACUGAAGGCUCUCAGACAUGGAAAAAAAUAACUUAAUUUUUAAAAUUCAGCAUUGCCUAACUCUUUUGACCACAGAACCCCUUCAUCCAAGAUUCUGUGCUCCGUUGUGGCUUAGAACAUGCUUCUUGAAAAACACUGCCUAGAGGUAUACUGUUCCCAUGAUUGACUUUCCAUUUAAUUUUAUAGAUUUUUACUAAUGUUACUUUCUAGAUUUGGAUGAGAGAAAUACUAAUAGUAUCACUUUCAGUUGAUAAUGACUGUUGGAUCAAGUUUAAAAUCAUUUUGCAAAAAAGGGAGGUAAAACGUUAAUAAAUUGCAUAUUCAUUGGCCAGGAUACAAGUUACUUAUGCUGUUUCAUUUUUUAAAUUCUUGAGUCCGCUAAUCUAUUGAAUACUGAAAUGUCUGGCUGUGGACCAUGGCAACAAAUACCCUUUGCCUUAAACUGAUCUGUUACAUUUUAUGUUCCUGUGGCUGGAAGUAGACUGAGUGUGUUGUUAAUGUUUGACACAUUUUUUUGAAUAACAGUUCUUCAACUGUUAAUGUACAAGAUGGUACUUGAAUUCUUUGUUUGCUUUUUUCUUCCUGUAUUAGAAAAUCUUGGUGCUUUUUGUAAGUUAUGUAUAAAAGAAAUUUUUCUUAAGAUUUGUUCUUAUACCGGUCUGAUCCAGGAAAAAUAAAAUGGGAAAAUGGACACUAUUUUUGACCUUCAAAUAAAACUAUAUAUUGGUUUUCAGAGUGUUCACCGAGCCCUGGGGUCAUAUACAUUGUCUUAAGGCAGGACAUUUACCUGUGUGGGAUGACAGGUCUCCUAGGAUCUGAUGAGAAUAUGGAGGAGAGAUGAGGCUCUUGAAAAAUACACAGAGGCACACAGUUUACAUAUAAUAUUGCAGAAGCCAGGGAAUCUCUUCCUAUAAAGGAAGAGUACCAAAACAGACCUCAUUCUCUUACUGGCUUGUAGCUGUCACUGCACUAUACCUUAUGGUUCUGAGAUAGGAAAUGAUAAACAGGAACCUUCCACUUCUACAAAAAUACAUCUGGAACUGUUCAAAUAUCUAAAGACUAAACCAUCUGCCCUGUUAUUAGAAUUUUAGGGUUUAUUAAGGAGUCUCUGCAUUUUAUUUCUAGGAUCUCCCUUAAAACACACACACACACACACACGUUAUCAAGCAGCUUUUCAUUAGUUAGAAAUCAUUUUGCGUUCUGCACCUUGCUAUUUUAGGCAUAGUUGUGUAACAUUAUUUAUUUUUUAAAAAUAUUUUAUUUAUUUGAGAGAGAGAGAGCACAAGUUGGUGGAGGGGAAGAGGGAGAGGGAGAAACAGACUCCCUGAUGAGCAGGGAGCCCGAUGUGGGGCUCGAUCCCAGGACCCUGAGAUCAUGACCUGAGCCGAAGGCAGAUGCUUAACCCACUGAGCCACCUAGGUGCCCCUGUGUAACAUUUUUUAAAAGAGAUUUUUCUGUUUUCAUUUGUAGAGAAAAGUCUCUAAAGAACCUGCACUAGUUGUUUUGUUAGCUUAAUUCAGUCUUCAUUCUGAAGACAUUUUUUUUUUUUUAAAGAUUUUAUUUAUUUAUUUGAGACAGAGAGAAUGAGAGACAGAGAGCAUGAGAGGGAGGAGGGUCAGAGGGAGAAGCAGACUCCCUGCCGAGCAGGGAGCCCGAUGCGGGACUCGAUCCCGGGACUCCAGGAUCAUGACCUGAGCCGAAGGCAGUCGCUCAACCGACUGAGCCACCCAGGCGCCCUCUGAAGACAUUUUUAUUCUAAGUAUUAACUUUCUUGAAAGUUAUUGUACCUGGACUGUAUGAUUCCAGAACUAUUUCUGCAGUGUUCAGUCCUCAUUUUGUUUGGUGAUCACAUAUUUUAGAGAUCAAGCAUCCAAAAUAGGAGCCCAAUAAAUGUUGCUGUUAUGCAUACUUAUUUUGAAUUAAUGAGCCCACGAAAGAGCACAUAAAUGAGCGUGUGAAAGAAUGAUCAAGUGGAAUAAGUAAAAUCGUUUUCGUCCCAUUUGGUAUAAAUUCUAAUGUACAGUUAAUGGGGUUGUUUGCAGUUAAUUAUUCUCAAGUAGUAAGUUAAACCACUCUGGUGUGUCAGACACAGUCCACAAACCAGUGCCACCGGUCUCCCAAAAGAUGCUAAUUCUGUAACUAUUCAUUUAGCUAGGAUCGAAGAGAGUGUUAGCUAGCUAAGAAAUAUGCAAAAUUCACUCCCUCCAAAACUUAAUCUCUAAAAGUAACGGAGUAUGGUGAGAUUAAUUUGUAAUUUCUUUAGGUGGAGUUAGGGCAUAGUCGCCACAUUCCUUUCUUCUUCUCCCCCCCCCCAACAUUCCUUUAUUCUUAACAAGACCCUGCUCUUCAGAAUCAAUCUGACUACUUCUCAGAAAGGUAAAAGAAGUAACUUAUUUAUGUAUUUAUUUUUAAAUUUUACCCCUAAAUUCUUUUCUUACAUAGUUCUGAGACUUGGUAAGGUGUACAAAAGUUUGUCUACUACAACCUUCUCAGUUACAUUUGAUUGAUAAGUGAAACAAAAGGAACUACAGUUGACCCUUGCACAACAGGGGGUUAGGGGUGCUGAUCCCUCCACUGCAGUCUAAAAUCCUUGUAUAAGUUUUAACUCCCUAAAAUAAAAGCUACUGAUAACCUGCUGUUGACUGGAAAGCCUUACCGAUAACAUAAACAGUUGAUAAACACAUAUUUUGUAUGUAGUAUGUAUUAUAUGCUGUAUUCUUACAAUAAAGUAAGCUACAGAAAAAAAAUGUUACCAAGAAAAUCAUAAGGAAUAGAAAAUACAUUUAUAGUACUGUACUGUAUAUUGAAAAAUAUUUGCAUAUAAGUGGCCCUGCACAGUUCAAACCCCUAUUCAAGGGUCAACUGUAUUUUGCAACUUCAUUUGGAUAUUAUAUUUAGUGAGGUGGAGGGAAGAAAGCAAUGAGAAGAAAAUUAGAGCCACCUCUGGUCACUGGCUUAGCCCUUUUAGGCCUCAGUUUUCUCUUAUGUAACAAUUUGCAGGUCUUACCCAGCUCUAGUAACAAUUGAAGAUACUUUUUGUUGUUGUUCAUUAUGUAACAGAGAAUGAAUAAAAAUAAUACAAUCAUGGGAAUGUAAGUAGAAACUUUCUUUAAAAUGGCUAAUUAUAGUUUAAAUCAUUGUUGUCCAAUAGGACUUUUUGUGAUGAUGGAACUAUUCUAGAUCUGUGUUAUCCAGUAUGCUAGCCAAUAGUAACAUGUGGCCAUUGAGCACUUGAAAUGUUGCUGGUGUGACUGAGGAACCUAAAUUUUAACUUGAAGUAAGACAGAUUUAAGUAGUCACAUGUAGCUGAUAAGUUACUGUAUUGGACAGUGCAGGUUAAAUUCUUUUUUUUUUUUUUUUAAAGAUUUUAUUUAUUUAUUUGAGAGAGAGAGAAUGAGAGAGAGCACAUGAGAGGGGGGAGGGUCAGAGGGAGAAGCAGACUCCCUGCCGAGCAGGGAGCCCGAUGCGGGACUCGAUCCAGGGACUCCAGGAUCAUGACCUGAGCCGAAGGUAGUCGCUUAACCAACUGAGCCACCCAGGCGCCCUGCAGGUUAAAUUCUUAAGUAUUUGUAAAUAUUUAAAGGGAAUUCCACACAGAUUUAUUAUGACAGUCUUGAUCUUUAAUGAUUUGUAUCUGGAAUCUCUUAAUUUUAGAAUUUGGCGGUUGCACCUCCAACUUUCAGUAUUUAAAUCUUUCUUACAGCAUAUCCUCCCUUUCUAAUUGCAGUCAAGUAUGGAUAGGUACUAUGACCUUUCCCAGGGAUCCUGGAGUCUUGGUAACCAUGCACCUGGAUCGCUGGAUUUUUAAAGCUGUUAUCCUACUAAGAGUUUAUGGGUUUACCACAGUCUCCCUGUAGACUCCUGUCAGUUCCCUGCAAGGCUACACCUUAUUCUGUAGUAUCUGGCUUUGUAGUAUCUGGAGCGGGUUUGAUGUUGAGAAUUUUAUCUUAUAUUGUCUUACAGGCUUGAAUCUGAAAUGUUUUAAUUAAGGGCCACUUUACAAAAUGCUGGGUCUUCCACUGGCAAGAAGUUUUUAGUCCUAAAAUCUUGAGUCAUUAGCAAGAUGUUGUUAGUACUAAAAUAUCUAGGUCACUGGGCCAUAAAUUCACUUGAAUGAAUUUUCCAGUAAGUCUGUGCUAAUUGCUUCAGUAUUGCAAACACUAACUACAUUCUUGAAAUUUCCAUAUUUGGGGAUCACAGAGAAUUUUGAAUGGUUCUAUCCUGAAAUUCUGGACCUUUGAAAUGAUAAAAAUUAGUAUAGAGACAUUCUUUUGGGUUAAAUUGAUAAGCUGUGUGUUUGGGACUCAUUUUUCUGUGAGAGGAUAAUUUUUUUUUUUUUUAAAGAUUUUAUUUAUUUAUCUGAGAGAGAGGAUGGGAGACAGAGAGCAUGAGAGGAGGAGGAUCAGAGGGAGAAGCAGACCCCCCGCCGAGCAGGGAGCCCGAUGCGGGACUCGAUCCCGGGACUCCAGGAUCAUGACCUGAGCCGAAGGCAGUCGCUUAACCGACUGAGCCACCCAGGCGCCCUGUGAGAGGAUAAUUUAUAUAAAAUUAAGUUUUUAUAUCUGGCACUCAGCUCACAAAACCCAUAACGUUCCUGAAACUUAGUUUAGUCAUACUGAGUCUGAGAGCUGUCUGAAAACGUGCAUCCCCACUGAGGCUUUGAAGCACAUCUUUCUGGGACCACAAGCACUGGUUCUGCAUUGCCAAACAAAGGCACUAGUUAGUAUCCGUCAUUCUUGAGCUUCGAACAGACGGAAACCAAAGAUAGUUGCCAUUAAAUAAAGUAAUAAAAGAACAUGUUAAAAACUUCAA